AUGGCUCAGCCGCAGUCGUCAUCUGGUCAGCCACCGCCAUCUCCAGUUGUCUAUCCACAGGGAAUGAUGCAGGGUAACGUACAGUCUGCCCCACCAUCUAGACCGAUCUAUGCAACAAGUUCACAGCAGAUGUCUGCACCACAGCACGCAUCAAUGCCAGCUGGUCAGUAUCCGUCAUCGUAUUACCCAGCUCCUCCUGCUCCUCCUCCUAAAGGGCAACCGGCAGCUUAUCCACCACAGUCUCCGAUGUAUCGGCAAUCGACUAAGGCCGUUUUUUUGAGUUUAGUUUUGUCAGCGCAAGAGGGUAGAGAAAGAAUGGAAAGGGGAGUCGCAGAGGAGAGGGAGAGGGGUCGAAAUGACUGGAUUGCCGGUCAAGCGGUACCUGUUCGGGCAUAUAUCACUAGUCAGCCUCAACAAAUGGCAUCAUCGCCAGUCUACCCGUCGAGUUAG